AAAGGCGAACAUCAAUUCAGUUGUGUCGCGAUAGUCACGUAUGGAACAUAUGAUGGUCCCUUGUGUACGUCAUUGUGCACUGAUUGUUGGUGCGUUUGCGAUGGCAAUUUGCACAGACUUUCGUUACGUUUAGUAUAGUUCGUAUGUUUGUGGAUACACACACAGCGUUUUCUCGGGUAUAGAAGUGCUUGAAGUGGAAUAGAUAAUUCCGAUUUUUCAAUAAGAGCGAAUUGUGUGUGGUGUUGGUUUGGAUUAUUAGUGUGUGGUGUGGAUAGGCUGAACAAAUUUAUAAAUUUUUUAUUUUUCACACCCGAAAUAUUAUGGAUUAGCAUAUAAUGCGACUUUGAUUUGGGAAAAGUUUAGAGAAAGCGAAUGGAAAGGCACCAAAGGAGAAUGUGUUAAUAUAAAAGAUGUGUGAUCGUGAUGAUUUAAUUUAAAAGUGUUUGGUUGAAAUUGUUGGUAUUUUUUUGCCACACCGUCUAUAUAUGCGUAUAGAUAGUGGUGCUGGUGCCGCAUUUAUAUUCGCAGAGGAGGAAAAUGGUACACUGUGAUUUACUUUAACGAUGCGGUAACAAGCUGUGCGUAUACGAAGAGUGUGUGCUCAUCGUGAUCGACGAAUCAGAAAAUUAUAUGAGACAAUAAAUCAAACGGAAAGGGAAUAUUAAUGGCUGCAGAAUAUCGAAAGUAAACAUCCGCACAUGAACCGUAUGUAAUGCAUCCACCUCAACAAAUACAUUUCACCAAAUAAAUAAAUUUCAUUUCGUUGAUCCCAUUGGGGUUCGUUAAAAAAUUAAAAACAAAAUUGGUGACAAUGUAAAUUGUAAAAAAAGUACGGCUGUGGGUAGGACAUUACUUGAAAAAAAUAAAGUUUUCGAUUUAAUUAAGCCGUCAAUUUGACUGUAAAAAUCGUCACAAUUUCAACGAAAAAACAAAUAAUAUAAAUGAAAAAUAUGAAAAGUGAAGAAUAUCUGUACCAAGUGAACGUUGAGCAACAACAACAAAAAAACAUAUAACAAAAUCGUAAAAAAAUGAACAGAACUUCAGGAAUAAUUUAAAUAUGUCAAAUACAGUGAAAUUUCAAGUUCUUGCAUAAUAAAUAUAUAUUUUUCCAUGCAUUGCAUGCCAUAAUAUACACUAUAUAGAUGUGUUGUGUGAGAACAUUUUCCGUGAAAAAUAUUUUGCUGUAAAAUGUUUUUGUCAACGUUAUUGCUGCUCUGUGUUAUAGGUUGUACGAAUAGCUUUCAAAAGCCUAGAGAUGGAUAUAAUACAUUUACCGACACAAGUACUAGUUUACCCUUAUUUAAUUCGAUUAUGAACCCACCAAAAUGGAGUGAACCUUAUUUCGAUAUAAGCGUACCGAAUAAUGUAACAGCCUUAGUUGGAAAAUCUGCAUAUUUGAGCUGUCGUGUGAGAAACUUGGGCAAUAAAACAGUUUCGUGGAUUCGACAUAGAGACAUACACAUACUGACCGUUGGAACGUAUACGUACACAACGGACCAGCGGUUUCAGACAACAUUUCACAGGGACAUCAAUGAAUGGACAAUGCAAAUUAAAUGGGCACAGAAACGUGAUGCUGGGAUGUACGAGUGCCAAAUAUCCACCGUACCAAUUAAAAGCUAUUCGGUGCGAUUGAAUGUUGUUGAUCCAGCUUCAGACUCAUUAUUUGAUCGAACAUAUAAUGAUGAACGGUUUAUGCAGGCUGAUACGUAUCAGAAUUAUAAUUAUCGACAUAAUGGCAGGUUGUUUAAUGUUCCCACCGCAACUAUUUUAAAUGGACCCGAUCUGUAUGUGGACAAAGGAAGUACGAUAAACCUAACGUGUGCAAUACGGUUCAGUCCCGAGCCACCAGUUUCAAUGUUUUGGUAUCAUCAGGACAAGGUAAUUAGCAGCGAUUCACCGAGAGGCGGUAUUCGUAUACAUACACACAAGGGCGAUAUUGCCGCAUCUUCUUUGCUGAUCGAAGAUGCUGACUUAGGUGAUUCCGGAAAAUACUCUUGCGAUCCAUCCAACGCUGAUGUAACAUCGAUACGUGUUCAUGUCUUGAACGGUGAACGGCCCGAGGCAAUGCAAACUGGGACAUCAACAAUAUCUGACCAAUCUGCGCACACUCUAAUACUUUGCAUUAUUAUCAGCAUCUGCAACCUAUUUCGACAGCAUAUUCAACUGUCGAAGAUCAAUGUGAAAAUUUGUAAGAAGACUAAUGUUAUUAUACGGUGAUAAAAUUGAGAAUGCAUCGCACGUGAAUGUGUAUAUGUCAUGAAAAUGUAAUAGAUGAAGAAAAAAAAA